CCUCCUGCGGGAGGCUAGAUUGAGCGGAGAGCUAAGGGCCCUGCGGGGGCCUGUGGCCGUGUCUACGUAGUCUACUCCUUUAGUCUUACGUUGAGGCCUUGGCAGUAACGCGGACCUCUGCGCUUGGGAGUUAGGUAAGAAGCGCGUGCCCGAGGUGCAGUACCCGGAGGCCCGGUGUGUCUGCUCUGGAGCUUCAGGGAUCUCGUGAGCCAGUUCGUCAGGCCACUAAACGCUGGCUGGAGUCGCCUGCGGUAGGAUUCUUUGGAGAUCAAGCUUUCUUUGCUUGAAGAGGACGUUUGGCGGCGUGUCGCCUGCGCUGGUGCAGCCGGGAGAGAUGAAGAAAACCCUGCAGGAUGAGAUUGAAGCCAUUCUUCGGAAGAGGAUUAUGGUGCUAGAUGGCGGGAUGGGGACCAUGAUCCAGCGGUACAAACUAAGCGAAGAAAAUUUCCAAGGUCAAGAGUUUAAAGACCACAGCAGGCCACUGAAAGGCAACAAUGACAUCUUGAGUAUAACUCAGCCUGAUGUUAUUUACCAGAUUCAUAAGGAAUACUUGCUGGCCGGAGCAGACAUCAUUGAAACAAACACUUUCAGCAGCACUAGUAUCGCCCAGGCUGACUAUGGCCUCGAACACUUGGCCUACCGGAUGAACAAAUGCUCCGCAGACGUGGCCAGAAAAGCCGCCGAGGAGAUAACUCUGCAGACAGGAGUCAAGAGGUUUGUGGCUGGAUCUCUGGGUCCGACUAACAAGACACUUUCAGUUUCCCCAUCUGUGGAAAGGCCAGAUUACAGGAACAUCACAUUUGAUGAGCUUGUUGAAGCAUACCAGGAGCAGGCCAAGGGACUGCUGGAUGGUGGGGUUGACAUCUUACUCAUUGAGACGAUUUUUGAUACAGCCAAUGCCAAAGCAGCCUUGUUUGCGCUCCAGAAACUCUUUGAAGAGAAUUAUGCUUCUCCCAGGCCUAUCUUUAUUUCUGGGACCAUUGUUGAUAAAAGUGGACGGACUCUUUCUGGCCAGACAGGAGAGGCUUUUGUCACCAGCGUGUCUCAUUCAGACCCCCUGUGCAUUGGAUUAAAUUGUGCUCUGGGUGCAGCUGAAAUGAGGCCUUUCAUUGAAACAAUUGGAAAAUGUACAACAGCUUAUGUCCUCUGUUACCCAAAUGCAGGUCUUCCCAAUACCUUUGGUGAUUAUGAUGAAACACCAGCCAUGAUGGCCAUGCACCUGAAGGACUUUGCCGUGGACGGCUUGGUGAAUGUAGUUGGUGGAUGCUGUGGUUCAACGCCUGAUCACAUCAGGGAAAUUGCAGAAGCUGUGAAAAAUUGUAAGCCAAGAGUUCCCCCUGAUAGUGUUUUUGAAGGACAUAUGUUACUGUCUGGUCUAGAGCCCUUCAGGAUUGGACCAUACACUAACUUUGUUAACAUUGGAGAGCGCUGUAACGUGGCAGGAUCCAAGAAAUUUGCUAAGCUCAUCAUGGCAGGAAACUAUGAGGAAGCCCUGAGCGUUGCCAAAGUGCAGGUGGAAAUGGGAGCUCAGGUGCUGGAUAUCAACAUGGAUGACGGCAUGCUGGAUGGUCCCAGUGCGAUGACCAAAUUUUGCAACUUCAUUGCUUCGGAGCCUGACAUUGCCAAGGUGCCCCUGUGCAUUGACUCUUCCAAUUUUGCUGUGAUCGAGGCGGGGUUGAAGUGCUGCCAAGGGAAGUGCAUAGUCAACAGCAUCAGCCUGAAGGAGGGGGAGGAGGACUUCCUGGAGAAGGCCAGGAAGAUUAAGAAGUUUGGAGCUGCUGUGGUGGUUAUGGCUUUUGAUGAGGAAGGACAGGCAACAGAAACAGAUGUUAAAGUCAGUGUGUGCACUAGAGCCUACCAUCUACUUGUGGAAAAAGUGGGCUUCAAUCCAAAUGAUAUCAUCUUUGACCCCAACAUCCUUACCAUUGGAACUGGAAUGGAAGAACAUAACUUGUAUGCUAUCAAUUUUAUUCAUGCAACGAGAGUCAUUAAGGAAACAUUACCAGGAGUCAGAAUAAGUGGAGGUCUCUCCAACCUAUCCUUCGCCUUCCGAGGGAUGGACGCCAUUCGAGAAGCAAUGCACGGUGUUUUCCUUUAUCAUGCAAUCAAGUUCGGUAUGGACAUGGGGAUAGUCAAUGCCGGCAGUCUCCCCGUGUACGAUGAUAUCCAUAAGGACCUUCUUCAGCUCUGUGAAGACCUCAUCUGGAACAGAGACGCUGAGGCUACUGAGAAACUCUUACGAUAUGCCCAGACUCAUGGCAAAGGAGGGAAGAAAGUCAUCCAGACAGAUGAGUGGAGGAAUGGCUCGAUUGAAGAGCGCCUGGAGUAUGCUCUUGUGAAGGGCAUUGAAAAGCACAUUGUUGAAGACACUGAAGAAGCCAGGUUAAACCGGGAAAAAUACCCCCGGCCUCUGAAUAUAAUUGAAGGGCCCCUGAUGAAUGGCAUGAAAGUGGUUGGUGAUCUUUUUGGAGCUGGAAAAAUGUUUCUACCUCAGGUUAUAAAGUCAGCCCGUGUCAUGAAGAAGGCUGUUGGCCACCUUAUCCCUUUCAUGGAAAAAGAAAGAGAAGAAGCCAGGGUGCUUAAUGGUUCGGUUGAAGAAGAGGACCCUUACCAAGGCACCAUUGUGCUGGCCACUGUUAAAGGUGAUGUGCAUGACAUUGGCAAGAACAUUGUUGGUGUGGUGCUGGGCUGUAAUAAUUUCAGAGUUAUUGAUUUAGGAGUCAUGACUCCCUGUGAUAAGAUACUUCAAGCUGCUCUGGACCACAAAGCAGAUAUAAUUGGCUUGUCAGGACUCAUCACGCCAUCCUUGGAUGAAAUGAUUUUUGUUGCCAAGGAAAUGGAGAGGUUGGCUAUAAAGAUUCCAUUGUUGAUAGGAGGAGCAACCACUUCAAGAAAGCUGGGACUUGCACUUCUGCAUGCUCUGAGCAGGAGUCUGGCUAAGUAAUUGUAAGUUCCCUUGAAGAUGCUCAAACCUUGUAAGAAUUUGGAGACAGACUAGUGAAAAUGAAGAAGUCGGGUGGAGGACUUGGGGGAAACUAGGAUAAAAGACAUAAAGAGGAGAAUGUUCACAUUGACUCACAUAGGCAGUGUUUAACUCAAGUUCUUCCUGGGAUCGUGGUCAUAGUGAGAAUGCCGGGCUUCUGUAGCAUUUCUUACAUCACAGAUACUUGGUUUGCAGGGUGGUCCCGGUUGAACUGGGUAGUCCCACAGUGUGAAGUUUGUUUGUUUGUUUAGUGCAAAAAUGAAAUUCUAGUCUGGUCGUAAGAUUCUAGAACUCCUCACAGAGUGACAGAUUUAUUUUUAGGAAUUGGCUUGUGUGGUUGUAGGGCUGGAAGGUCUGGAAUCUGUAGGCUGCAGUAUCAGACAAGGGCUGCUAUUGCAGUCUUCAGGCAGAAGUUCUUUGUACAAGAGGCAGGGUUAAUGAGACUGCUUGAUAUUUCUCUGAAGUUUUUUAGCUUAUUGCAGAGGUUAAUCCAUUACAGAGGGUAAUCUACUGUGUCUACAGAUUUAAGUGUCUAUUACAUCUAAAAAACAUGUGGACUGCAUGCAGUACCAAACUGCAUAGUGUGGCAUACCCCAGCUCGCACACAGAAUUCGCCAUCAUGUUAUUUGUAGUGUGAAUGGAGAGUUCCCACAAGUAGCAGAAUAUUUAUGUCUUUACCUGUUGAUUACUUUUCAUACCGCGGUGACUUGACAGCUCUGCCAUUGUUGCUGAUGUUAACAAAACUGGAGUUCUUACUAGCAGAGUGGCUGAAUUAUUCUUACAGGAUCUGGUCGAACAUUGAUAAAGAGGAUUUGAGUUUGUUUUCUUUUGGUUCUGGAAUCUAUACCUAGGACCUUGUACUUGCUACUCAAGAUCUCUCUCACAGGCUAUGCUAUGUCCCCAGCCCACACUUUACUUAAAAUCUUGUCGUUUUUACUUUGAGACAGGGUCUCACUGAAUUGCCUAGUCUUGAACUCACUCUAGCCCAGGCUGGCCUUGAAUUUGCAGUCCUCUGUCUCAGCUUCCAAGUAGUUGGACAGUCGGUCUAUCUGGACCUCCAGGCCUGGCCCAUAACUUGAGCUUUAUGAAAUUAACCUGGUCUUUUGCUUAGGUGGAAAGUGGCAAGAGGACCUGUGGAUUAUUGUCAGAGUGAAGACUUUAAGAAGUUGUGGUUAUGUAAUAUAACAAAUCUGUUGUCUACCUGGGACCCUGGUUCAUGCUAAUAAUAUAUCACAGUUUGCUUCAUUAAGAUCAGAAAUUUGCUAUGUGGUCCUUUUUAUUACAAGAGCCAUCAGACAAAAGAAAAAAGCCCUCCUGAGACCCUGGUUGCUUCUCCUCAGGUAAUUGAGGGUUCAGUGACUCGUCUUUUGCCAGAUGACAGCUCAGGAUUUGUAUGGUUUCAGGAGACAGAUUUCUGAGGGUGAUAAGACUUUUUCAGUAGUAGCAUGAACCAGACAGACCUGUGCUUCUGAGACAUUCAAGGUCAAGGUAUAACCCUCCAGUGAAGGUUAGGGGUCAGAGAUGGGUGGGAAUAUACUUGGAGUGUCCCUUUUAAACCUGCAUUUAUAGACAAGAAAACCAAUUAUUAUUCCGUUCGCAGUAUGGGUCAUGCAGUAUCACAAAAGGAAAUCUGGCCUUUUUAUGGGCAGAACUUCACAAGGAUAUAUAUUCUGAAAGUCAGCUGUUAAAUUUAACUAAUGUAUAGCCAAUUACUGCAAAGUAGGUUUUGCAAUUACUUUUUCUUUGAAAAUUUAACCAAGUCACAUUGCUCUACUGUAGAGAAAAUUUUCUGAGUGAGUGUGAGUGUGUGUGUGUGUGUGUGUGUGUGUGUGUGUGUGUGUGUGUGUGCUUAGUUGCUCAGAAGUAAGAUAAGUAAUUUUAUCUUCCCGUUUGCACUAACCAUAAGCUUUCCAUAGAGAAGCUUAGAAUUUUAGGGCUGUUCUUACUUCCGAUUUAAUCUUGAUUUCUCUAUCUUUAUUUUUUUCCUCCUUUCUAAAAAAUUCUAUGUGUGUGGUGGGGGAGGGAGA